CGAAUAGAUAAAGGCUACUCUCACUAUUAAUAGUUUCAAGCGACCAUCGGCCAUUUUGUGUAAAUUCACCAGUGUGUUGAAAUAUAUUUUCAAAUAAACUUUGUUAAAAACCGUUUCAUCAGUUUUAAGAUUAUCCACCCUCACAUGGUAGCAGCGCUUGUGUGUAUGUGCGUGCGUAUUAAUUAAGAAAUAGAAGACCACGUGUUAAACAGAAGACUAGAAGACCACGUGUUCAACAUCAAAACAACAAGCAUGUUCAAUCAAGAAGAGAUGGUCGAGAUGGACCAAUCCGAUGCAAGCGAAAGGUCAACGAUGGGAGUACCAGAAAACAUUUUUGCGAUGCUCACGAAGACCAAUUUCGUGAAGAUGUUGGCAGAGCAAAUGAACAACUUGAAUCCUCCGGCAACGUCAACAGGAAGCACAAUAUCAGAAUCAUCUGUGGAGAAGGUCAAUAUACCCACCUUCAUAAUACCUCAAUUUGAGAACAGCGACAAGCUGAGGGGUCAUUCCAAUUUCCGUUCAUGGAAACAAAGAGUCGAGCGUGACAUUAGGGCCCUAGGAAGAUCCCAAUUUUUACUACACAAUAUGGAUGGACCAGAGUGUAGCAUGAGCGUAGAAGAAAAAAACAUGUACAACGCUCAAGUCCUACAAUACUUGGAAGCAUAUUUGCAGCACGCUCCCAGAGCUGUGAUAGAAAACGAAGAAUCGGCAGCUGAAGCCUUCCAAAAACUUAUUCAAAUGUUCGGCAAAAAUGACGUUCAAAAAAUGGUGGAAGUAUUGGACAAUUUUGGAAAAAUCACAUUUUAUCCGAAGAUGAACCCGGUGAACUUCGUCUCACAAUUGGAAAAAGGAGUUCAAGAAUUCAAGGAACUGGGCUUUCCGUUGGACCCGAAGAUCAUCGUGGUAUAUUUUCUACAUAAAAUCAAGGAUGCUAAUGGUUUCUUGGCGUUUUUCACCACAAUGGCUACACUACCAGAGGAAACGACGACGUAUGAAUUCGUCAAGAAUGCCUUUCUGGAGGUGGCGAAUAGCCAAUAUUACAAGGAAGCAGAAAACAGUAUGUAUAAGAAUGAAUAAAAUGAUAGUUUGGAUAUUUGUUCCGAGUGUUUUGGUAUUACGGGUGAGAAUCUCAAUACUGAGAUCAAUGAAGUGUAUACUGUAUGCUCUUUUUGUAUUGAUGAUCCCAUUGGAGAAUGUACUUUUGCUAAUCCUAAUUCAGUUUUAGUGCUCUGCAUCAAAUGUGGUAAGAGAGAUGAUAAUAAUUUUUGUGAUUUUUGUUUAGAAAAUAGGUCUGAUCGAACAAACAGGGAUGGUUCAAAAAAAGAGAAAUAUCCAGCUAAGAGGUCUCCUUAUUUUAAAGGGAAAAGGACAGAAAAGAGUCCUUACACACUGGAUCAGUUGGAGAAAAUCAAGAAAAUGACACCAGCUGAAAAGCGUGAGGCAAGUUGCAGAAAAUGUGGUUUGAUGUUCCACAAGUCAAACACAUGUGUGAACACAGAGAUUCUGCUUUUACUGCCAUAAGAAGGGACACGAAAAAAAGGACUGUAGGAAACUGAAAGAUCAAAAAUCUAGGCCGCUGGAUAUCUUCCAUGUAAUGCUUUGCUGUGCCACAUCUCAGAUAGUUCUUCAUUGGUGGGAGAUUGAAGCAGAUGGUGUUCAGUUGCUAAAUUUAAGGCCGUGAUGUUCUGGUCUUCCUUGGAUAGAGCUUUGUAGAAUGGUAAGUUUUUCAAUUUGAAGUAUUCUCUCAUAUCCCUGAUAACGUUAUGGUGGAUGCUUUCAAUACUUUGCAUACCUCUCCCCCAUCCUUCCUUGGUAUGUACAGCCUAUUGACGGAGGCAUGAGGAUGGUGCAUCCCAUGCCUCGUGAGGAGUGCUCGUACUUGAAUAUCUAGAUGUUUGAGAUCUGAAGCAGUCCAUUUGACAACUCCAAAGG